GAACUGAUAACGUCACGGCGCCGUGAUCCAAUUGGGGGUGGCGAUGCGCGGAUUUUGAAUAUUUAAAAAAAAAUUUCGUUGAACGUGGAAGGUUGGUGUCGUGUUGGAAGUCUGUUUUAUUUUCUUAUCAUCAUCAUCAAAAACAACAUCAUCAUCAGUAGUAGUAGCACCAACUCUCGGACUUAACAAUGAGCAACAACGACAGCAGUAACAUGCUGAAGCAAGGCUUACAAGAGUUUGUGAUGAAUGCCCUGAACCGGCUGCAAACCUUGUGGGAGGACAUGGGCAUCGUGAAGGUCCAGCAGGAGGAGCGAAUAAAGAAGGUCAAGGACCUAGUGGAGCAAUUGAUGGAGCAAAUGAUUGCAGAAGAAGAGGACUUAAGGGAUAGUUUAGAGGAGAGGAUCCAUGAGCAUAUGAGCAACAUUCAAGAACUCUGCAAAGAGCUGACUUUGCCAGCAUAUGAGCCUGUGGAGGAGUACCUUGUGCUGCAGCUUGAGAGCCACUUGCGGCAGAAAUUGCAGCAGCUGAGAGUGAAGAAGGCGGAGCGGCUUUCUGUGCUGCAGGAGCUUGAGCAUCAGCAGGCUAUGCUGACCAAGGCCCUGGGUGUAUCAUCUCACCCCAAGCCAGCUGGGUCCGUGCCUACGGAAGACGAACUCAAUACUCUACGUCAUUACGUCGAUGGCCUGGAGCUGCAAAAGAACAGUAACUUCAAGGUGUUUGUGGCCUACAAGGAACAGAUUGAAGCGUGCUUUCAAAUUCUAGGUGUUGGCCCUGAAACGGAGUUUGAGAGGGAGGUGAUUUUCAACAAUGAGAAGUUGUGUCUGUCAGAUGAUGGACUUUUGAAAGUUGAAGAGCUUCUCAAAGAGGUGCAGUUUAAAAAAGAAAAAGCUGAGGCAACGUGCCAAAGGCUACGCUCGGAAUUGGAAGCAAUGUGGAAUCUUUUGCAGGUGCCUGAAAAUGAGCGAAAAGAGUUUGCUGCAAAAACGCAGAGCUACCAAAAAUCAGUGGAGGAAGCUCUGACUUCCGAAUUGAAGAGACUAGCACAGGUGAGGAAAGACAACAUAAAGUGGCUAAUUAUACCUAUCCGGAAUGAAAUUGAGGGCUACUGGGGGAAGUCCUACUAUGGGCAAGAGCAGAGGAAGGCAUUUUCCCCAUUCUAUAAUGAUGAAUACACUGAAGACGUACUUGUUGAGCACGAGAGGGAGUUGGAGCGCAUGAAGGGCUAUUAUGACCAGUACUGUAAACUUUUCUCCCUCGUUGCGAAAUGGGAACAAAGCUGGAAGAUGUUUCUAGAGUUUGAGCAAAAAGCAGCAGAUCCAAAUCGAUUUGCUAACCGUGGAGGGAAUCUACUUAAAGAGGAGAAGGAAAGAGCUAAACUGCAGAAAAUGCUUCCCAAGCUGGAGGAGGAGCUGGCAGUGCAAGUUGGGGAAUGGGAGGAAGCCCAAGGCUGCAAGUUUCUCGUUGACGGAUGCAACUUUCUGGCAUACAUCUCCAUGCAGCACGAGAGGAACAGAGAGCGAGAGAAGCAGGAGAGGCAAUUGAGGAAAGACAAAUCGGAAGAUGUAAGCAACACUACAAGAACUGCACAGAAGCGACCAUUUAUUGGCACCCUUCUUGGCAGCAAAAUCAGAAAGUUGAACCCAACUCCAACUGGAUCACCAACCCUUGCUGACUUCACUGCUCGCAAGCCUCAUUUGUCUGCGACAAGGGCCCAAGCCACACCACAGCGUGGAUCGCAGUCUCAACGUCCCUUGCAGAAAGAUCAAAAUAAAGAGAACGUCAUCGCACCGUAAUGGUCACCAGAGUCCCACCUGGACUUUGCCUCCAGUGUCACCCUGGAUGCUCUUGCCGAUAGGUCCAGCCAGCUCUGCCUGCUGUUGUGACGUUUUGAUAUGGCUUUUUUACACUCCGAAAAGGAUUACUUACCAUAUUCUAUACCACAAACUUGCAUAGUUAAGGAGCACUUAUUUACAACUCUGCUCCUUGCAUUUUUAUACAAUAAUAAUAAACACGUGUAGAUUGGUAAAUGUGUAAUGUUUUACUAUUAUUGGGAAAGAGAGGAGUUUGAUAACCACCUAUUUGAAAUGGUCUAUCAACGUAUUACAAAUCAACCUCCGGUUCUGUACUCUUUUUGGACUUGACAUCUUCAACAUGUAUUAUGAACAGUUUAUAUAUGAUUUUAAAAUGGUUGAAAAAGUACGCCAUUUCUACAUAGUUUAUUUUUGUUUCAUGAUUAAAAUGAAUUGUUCUUCCAUUAUGAAAUUAAAGGUACUCUGUAGUGUGCAUUUUUACUUGUAUUUUGUGUUCUUUGGUUCUUUCGGUAAAGUCACGAAAGAACCAAAGAAGAUGAAUCCUUGCAGUCACGAAAGCUUUAAAUCGAAAUUGUAUUUUGUGGUUUCCAACACCAGAGGGACCCCUCACACCAGUGUCUCUGAUAUACAGUACUGUAAAGCAAAAAUGAAUGUACGUCAUUCUUGCAAAGCUUUUGUUUUACUUGAAAUGAAACAGUCUCAUCAAGUACAAUCUACCACACAGCUGUGUUUUAUAAUGUUACACAUUGUUAUGGUGAAAGUUAUUUUUAAAUAUUGGAGUGAACCUAGGCUUCGUGAAACUUUAACAGGAUAUGCCAAAACUUUAAAUACUGUAACUGGCUGUUGUAUAGUCUUUAAAUAUGUAUAUCACUGCACAUUAAAUGUUGGCUUGUAUCAUUUUUAAGUCUCAUGCAAUAACUCUUAAGUGCAUUAUGCAGUAAUUAAACAUUUAUGCAUUAAUUUGACAUCACAAGGUGAUGUAUGUGCAGUUAAAAUGUAAUUGGAAUUGGCUGCCAUUUAAUAUGUUAGUAAAAAAAAUUAUAUAGCAUCACUUAACUUGAUUAGGGAGCAUCCUGGUUGAAAUUCGAGUAACGCAGUACUGCACAUGGGAUAAAUUAUUCAAUUAAGCGCAUGCGCUGGUGUACUUAAUGAUACAAUGACCAUUGAGCAGCGUUGGCAAAAAAAGUAUAGAAUUGUUUUUAAAACGAGUAUGUAAGUUAUCAACAAUUAGUUUGGGAAUGAGUGAUUUUUAUCUGGUUAACAAUAAAACAUCUUCAACAUACCGAAAAUGUUACAUGAGCAAACAGGAUUUUGUAUUUUUGAGUAAACAUACUUUUGCAAGUGCCCUCUUUUCUAGCACGUGUUUCAUUGUCUUCAGCGUUACGGUUUACAGCUACGCGCGCGUUUAUUUUAACUUAAUAUCACUGAAUACUUCGUAUGCAUGGUGCAGAUUAUUCUGUGGGUGAAAAUAAAGUUUGAAGCUGUGGAAUGUGGUCAUUGUUCGUUUCAGCAGCCUUCAUGCUGUCCCGUGGCGCAGCGAUGUGGAUAUAAAUCACUUCUGCAUUGCUGUGCCGCUGUAUCUUCCUGUUUUGUAUGUAAAGCAUAAUUGUCCUGCUAUAGAAGAACAAGUGGCCAAAUAAAUAAACCUUCAUUCA